AUGCCUUUGAAGUUUCGUAAAAUUUUACAAGAAGUUGGUGAUAGUCCUGUAGUGAAGAUUCAACUCGGUCGUACGCCAGUGCUCGCUGUAUUAACUUUCUUUCUGAACAUUGCCAGUCUGGGAAAAUUCUACAAUAAACAAAUAGAACUUGGUUAUGACCAGAUCUAUCAUAACUAUCUUUUAAUUACAAUUGAAAAUGACAAUAGCCCAUCUGUAUUGCAAAACGUGAUUACAGCAGGAACAAACGCCACAGGUACUGCGAUUUAUAAACUUGAAAAAGCCCAGCGAAUUGCUUUGAAGAAACCAAUUUUUCCCACUGAAUUCGUUGAUAUCUACGAUAUUCCAUUAACACCGAGUAAACUCUAUACAUUGAAUCGUUUGAUAACAGCCGCAACCAAUAUCGACAAAGACUUCUACACGUACGAUGCUGGCAACAAUAAUAUGUGUCAAACGUUCGUCGAGAAUAUUGUUGACAUCAAUGGUUUAACACAAAACAUUGCCGAUGAAAAAACGCGAUUAGCUUUGAAACCACAAGAUGCCAAAGCUUUAGUUGAAACACUCGGUAGCCGAAAGGAUAUCGUUAAACGUAUUACAGAUUUAGGUGGUAAACUAGAUAAACUAAUACACGAUAAAAGAAUUCAGUGGAAAAAACCAGAGCCGAAGAGAUUCGCAUUGGUUGGGAAUGUACAUGUUAAAGUAUCUCAUCCCGUACAAAAUACGAUCGAUGAAAUACCACUGCAAAAAAGUAACAAUGAAGUGGUUAAAAUCGAUGGUAUGACCAACACUAUUGUUGAAAAUGCUGACAAUAUAUAUGAUGCGGCAGUCGCUUUGGAAAGCAGUGAAGGAAAAUCAAAAUCAAUGAAUAUCACUUUUAUCAUCCUUGGAACUGUACUAUGUGUACUCGCGAUCGGUGCUAUAGGAGCUAUAAUCGUAUCGAAACGAAAAAGCAGUCGAGGUUCGUAUGCUACAAUUCCUUUGAUUAACCGUUUCGUAUAUCCGUCACACUUUUAUUUAAGCUUGGUGUUACCAAGCACCGCAUCGUUAGCUGAUAACAAAACUGAACAUGCUAUUGUGAUUGAUUCAUUAGACAUCGCACCCGUAUGGGCCGGACAUCCUGUGAAUUUUGUUUUCUUGACUCACGCACCGUACCAAUUCGUUGCGUACUACGAUGCAACACGUCAAAUGACUGUUGUACAACGAAAUUUAAAUGAACGUACUUGGACAGUCAACAGAUUACCGAUAGUUACUGGUUGGGAUAGUCAUAAUUACAUUGCUAUGGCAAUCGAUGAUGAUGGUUACUUACAUUUAAGUGGUAAUAUGCACGUGGUACCCUUGGUCUAUUUCCGUACAUCGCAAUCUUUGAACGCGUCGACAUUUGUUGAAUUGAACCGAAUGAUCGGCACAGAUGAAAAAAAUACGACGUAUCCAAUGUUCUUUCGAGGACCAAGCAAUGAAUUUCUUUUUACGUAUCGCAGUGGUAAGAGUGGCAAUGGCAAUCAGAUCUAUAAUAAAUAUGAUUUGACUACUAAGACAUGGAGUCGUUUACUUGAUAAACCAUUUACAGAUGGUGAAGGCAAACGUAAUGCUUAUUUCGAUGGACCAAUCAAAGGUCCCGAUGGAUAUUUUCAUUUGGCUUGGGUAUGGCGAGAGUCACCAGAUGCAUCUACAAAUCAUGAUCUUAGUUAUGCACGCAGUAAAGAUUUACUCUCUUGGGAAACUGGUUCUGGUCGAGCACUGACACUACCUAUCACUUUAGAAACAUGUGAAAUUGUUGAUCCGGUGCCGCAAAAAGGCGGAAUUAUCAAUGGUAAUACAAAGAUUGGUUUCGACCAACAAGGACGUGUUACGAUUAGUUACCAUAAGAAUGACGCUCAGAAUUACACGCAGCCAUGGACGGCAAGAUUAGAAAACGGUGUAUGGAAAAAAUAUCAAAUUACCAAUUGGCCAUGGCAUUGGGAUUUUGGUGGCGGUGGUUCAUUGGCUUUCGCUAUUUCACUUGGACGCGUAACGAAAGAAGGUGAUGGAAAUUUAACUCAAUCAUUCAAUCAUAUCAAAUUCGGAAAUGGUACUUGGUUGAUUGAUCCCGUAUAUUUAAAUGCAACUGGUAAACUUCAACGAGAAACGAUACCACCGUCUAUGCUGAAAGUAGAAGGUACUUUUCCGGGCUUAGGUGUACGAUUAGCAGAAGAUUUUGGUGAAUACAAUGUCCCGAACACUCGUUUUGUAUUACGUUGGGAGACUCUUGGUAGUAAUCGUGAUGAACCCCGUCCACCUCCAUAUCCUUCGCCUUCUAUGCUACGCAUCUAUACUGUGAGAGUCGUUUGGACAAACCGACGUCGUAUAAACUAA